GUAGAGUCGUCGGCGGAGGAUGUAGAAAUUUGUAAUGUAUCCUUGAAAAGGAGUGUACAGGUCUUAGCGUACGCGGUAUCUGUUGAAAUUUAGAUACUACAUCAUCACGAGAUCAACUGUAUUUGGAUCGAUUUCCCAAUUUCACGUUUGCAGUGUUCUCAAGAGUACGUGAUGGGGGAGCCAUUCUACAUCACUAUUGUGCUCUUCCUCUUAUCAGUGGUAGCAUGGACAUAUUUCAUUUUCACUUACAUACCAUGGUACCUCUGUACACUUUGGAGUCGUUAUCGAGGAAGUCGUAUAAAAGCUGUUCCAGUAUCGGAAGAUGACAACUCGGUUACUUUCAGAGCAUCCGAUAACCCAGAUCGCCUGACAACAACUUUGUUUGAAGACUGCAGAACCCUCAAUGACCUGUUCACGAGAUCAGUCAGCAAGUGGGGACACAAGAAAUGUCUUGGAACAAGAGAUUUGCUGAAAGAAGAAGAUGAAUUGCAGUCUAAUGGCAGGGUCUUUAAAAAGGUCAUUCUUGGUGAAUACCAAUGGGAGAGUUUUGAUCAGGUUGAUAAAAGAGUGGAGAACUUUGGAGCUGGCCUCAAUGUUUUGGGACUGAAACCUCGUCAGAAUGUUGUUGUAUAUGCUGAGACACGUGCUGAAUUCAUGAUCACAAUGCAAGCAUGUUUCAGAUACAAUUUCCCAGUGGUGACUUUAUAUGCUACUCUUGGAGAAGACGGUGUGUGUUACGGAAUAAAUGAAACUGAGGUCACACAUGUGGUCACAAGUGCAGGCCAACUGUCAAAACUUAAAAAUAUCACUGAUCGUUUACCUAAAGUACGUCAUAUUAUUUACAUGGAAGAUCAGUUAAAAGCAGCGGAUACCUCGGGUUUCCCAUCUAGAAUUGAUCUACAUAGUUUUAGAAAAGUUGAAAAGCUUGGUGAAAAUAACCAAAAUGGUCGGCAGAAACCAAGGCCACAAGAUAUUGCAGUUAUAAUGUACACUAGUGGUUCAACUGGCACCCCUAAAGGAGUAAUGAUAUCCCAUUCUAAUCUAAUGUCAGGAUUAUCUGGACAGGUUCAGAAAGUCUAUGGAUUAAGUUCACGUGAUGUUUUCAUUGCGUAUUUACCAGCGGCUCAUGUAUUGGAACUAGCUGCUGAGCUUGCUGUCAUAAGUCAUGGUGCUUGUAUCGGUUACUCAACACCGUUAACUCUGACUGAUAACUCUAGUAAAAUAAAACGUGGUACGAAAGGAGAUGUGGCUGUCCUGAGACCAACUCUGAUGACCACUGUGCCUGUAAUUCUUGACAGAGUUUACAAGGGUGUUAUGGAGAAAGUAAAUGAAGGUAGUCCAUUUCAAAAAGCACUAUUUCAUUGGGCUUUUAAUUAUAAAGUGAAACAAGUGGAAAAGCACUUUGAUACGCCAUUUAUUAACAGGGUGGUGUUCCAUAAGAUCCGAAGUUUGCUUGGAGGCCGAUUACGUUUUAUGUUAUGUGGUGGCGCUCCUUUGUCACCGGCAACACAGCGUUUCAUGAAUAUCUGUUUCUGUUGUCCCAUGUUACAAGGCUAUGGUUUGACAGAGACAUGUGGAGCAGGUACCAUUGUUGAAGCUGAUGACGUUACAACAGGUACCGUGGGACCUCCACUGUGGUGUAAUGAUAUCAAACUAAUUGACUGGGUUGAAGAUCGUAAGAAAGACUUAGUUAAGUUGCAAGCAGGAGAGUAUGUUUCUCUGAGCAAAGUAGAAGCGUCUUUGAAGACUGAUCCAUUGGUAGAUAACAUAUGUGCAUAUGCCAAUAGUGCUAAGACGUAUGCUAUAGCAUUUGUAGUUCCCAACCAGAAGAAUUUAAGGGCAGUGGCUGUUGACAAGUAUGGUAUACGUGCCGAUAUAACUUGGGAGGAACUUUGUGAGAAUAGAGACAUGGAAAGAGAAGUUGUCAAAUCGAUUCUAGUCACAUCUAAUAAGGCCAAGCUUGAGAAGUUUGAAAUUCCUGCUAAGAUCAAACUAUGUCCAGAAGUGUGGACACCUGAUGCAGGACUGGUGACAGAGGCAUUUAAAUUGAAGCGUAGAGAGUUGAACAAAUUCUAUCAGGCAGACAUUGAUAGGUUAUAUGGAUAGUGACAGUAGAGGGCGCUCUAACCAAUACCUAGCAAAGCAUAUGAAGGGCUUCCCCAUUAAGAAAGUGGGCUGGAAGAUUUUUGAGAGUAAAGAGAAGUUAAAAAACAAAUCCAUAUGACUGCAUAAUGUAAACUAAUUGAGAAAAUUGUGAAUAAAAAAAAUCAGACAUAUGUGAAUAAAAUAUAUUUGUAAAAUACCAAAUUUCUCCAGUACCACCCCAAGAUUUAAAUUGGGUAACCUUAAUAAAACUUCUUGUAUUACAAAAGGUAAACCAGAUUUUUUUUCACUGUGCACAGCUAGAUAUGGUACACAGAAACCUACAUGCAAAUUAAUCUUUCUUUAUUAUUGUGGCGUAUUCACUCUUGCACUGUACUCUUUCUCUCUGAAUUAUAUUGGCAUUGUAAGAUGUUUCAGAUUUAUAGUCCCUUCCAAUAUUAAAUAAAAUAGUCUAUUGUAUAUUCAUGAUGGUUUUUUCACAACCAUAUUGACUAGUCUGUUCAGUGGUAGUAAUUUAUUUGUACAUGUACUCAUUCUCCAUUUUUUUACAUGCAUUGGACUGAACUAAAGUCAGUCACUAGCGUCUCACAAUAUAAUCAAAAUAAUGCAUGAAUAAUUGUAUAUUUCAAUUGAUUCUGUCAGUAUUCCUUUGAUAUUAAAACUUUGAGUGGAUUACCAAAUUUUUAGUACUUUACAUUAAAGUAACCGCCACUGAAAUGAACUUCUGCUUGGUCAGUAAACUAAUAUUAUUUUCUAGAAUGAUUAAAACCAUAAGCCCACUUUUUUUUUGCAAAUAUGGAAAAGUUGUUUUAAAAAUCCACUCAAAAUACUUUCCACUCUUGUAUAUAGAUAUAAUGUUGCCAUAUUUGUGUAGAGGCAUUGCUUUCUUAAUCUCAUUAAUGGUAAUGUGUUAUUAAACUUUGCAUUUA